GCGUCGUCGCGCGUGCUCCAUUCCUUAACGCGCUCCUCGACGUCCCACACAGCGACCAGCAUCCUCUCUUGGUCAUCUGUAACGGUCCCCAGGUCUUACGACUUACGGUCAAACGCUCCCACUGUGAUAUAUUGUGCUUUAUUCUGUAUAUAAUCACUAGAAACUCCCAGCGACGCGCUCCUUAUGGCGACUCCGUCGUCUUCGGUGACCUCAGCAUCCCCGCCAACGACCUACCUACAGCCCUACAGCCCUUCUACAUCAAUGGAUGUGGAUCCAUUAGAGAAGGAGGAUAGGCUGAAAGCUAUCCAGAAAGUCAUGGCAAGCACGGAGCUUUCGAUGGUGACGCGCAAUCUUCGCGCCCGUUUGUCGUAUGCCUCAUACAAGGCCACCCAUAAUAUUCCUCAUGUCAAACUGACUGACCUCGAGGCGAAAACCCGUACCCUGGCUGCUGCCCCGCCGCGCCUGAUCGGCACUAAGCGCAAGGCCGCCGCUGGGAAUAACUAUUACAACAACCCCGCCACACAAGGCACAGUCGCACGGCGUGGAGCUAUGGCUCCUCCCGCCAUAUCUGGGACUUCUUCCCCAUCCGUUCCUCGUUCCCACUAUCCCACGACUAUGACAGGUUCCAGUCCCAACGCGACUCAGAGCCUGUUCACCACCCUCCUCGGACCUCCUCCGUCGAAACAAGCUCGAACUGUUCGCAACUCAACAGAUCCUCCUGUCCAAGCAGCCGCUCGCUCGACUGCCGGAUCUCGGUCCCGAGGAUCGGAUCGUGCGUCUGCCAUACGCAGCAUAGCAGAGAGCACCCGCGCGCAGUCCCGUAGCCGUAAGGAGGACGUUACCCGGCCCAAACCCAAACGGGCCGACAAAGGCAAGCAGAAGGCGUCCGUGGCAGACUCGGCGGAUGUAGAGAGGCAGGCUGUGGCUACUCUGACAUCGCUUCUCCAGUCGCGUCCUUCCGUAGCUAGCGUAUCAUCUCCGCGGUCCACGCUCUCUACCGCGUCUGAUGCGAGUUCAUUCCAGUCUUUGUCGCAAUAUGCACAAAGUUCUGCUCGCACAACGACAGCAGCGACUUCGCUGCUGCCGUCAGCCGAGUCAUCAUUUAACAUGCCUCGGGCAGCUACUCCACCCCGUGACUCAGGCGAUAAUAUGUAUUCGACGCCUCGUGCAGAUGACGAGGAGGCGGCCAAACUUAUGCUUUAUCUACAUACAUCGCCCUCGCCCGCACGCCCUACAACUACCCGGGAGAGGGAUACCCAAGAUCUUGCAGCCUACAGAGCCCUUGGAAGCGGUUCCGCAUCUCUCCUUACAAAGGGAAAGAUCCUUUUUGCAGGCCAGGACACCAGAAGCUCGCUGAGAUCGGAGCGCAGCUUUACAGAGACUUUACCAUCUAGCCAAGAUGGUACGCAGUCUUUGAGCCAGCCAUCGCGAUUGGAUGCCGUUUCCUCUGGGUCUCUCGCGCCUGCGCCAUCUUUAGAGUCAACAAUUAUUCCACCCACCCCAACUUUGAGUGCUGAAUCCUCAUCACUGUUACCAUCUCCACCUUCACCUUCUAGGCACAGUGAUACUUCAAACGGUUAUUCGGGUUCGCCCUCAAACAGCCUUCACGCUCCACCCACUCCGGGCAAUGUCCCAUUCAAUCUCAAUGACUUUAUCAAUGUUUCUCCCUCCCCUGCCGUCACGGCCGCGCCGCGUGCAGCAGUAUCUCUCAAAUCUGGUCUGAGUGCUAACCUGCGUGCGGAUGUCGGCAGAAAGCUUUUUGAAGAAGAGCAGCAGCGGCACCACUAUCAAGGCACUCAUAGCACCGUCAGCGGUUUCACUGACAUCCAUCAUGAUAGAGGCGGCGUCCUCGGUGCUAGUAUCGACCUCGCAAGCACUUGAUUUAUCUUUCCCGUCCUCAUCGAUUGGCUCCUUCACGUCUAACACGCUUUCCAUGACGCAUUCAUUUCUCAUCAAUCAUGCGGAAUCCUUGUUGUAUCAACAUGAAGAACAGACUCCCUUGUAUCUACCACUCGACCCGGCUGGACGACGGCGCUGCAAUCUAUCCCAUUUGUUGUUGGUUUUUGAUAUUAUCCGCAAGGCAUGGACUGGUCAGUAUCGGGCAUCAGGGUUCGAAAUUAGGAAAUUAUCAUUGCUAUCUAUUUUUAACAGUCCCCAUUUCUUCAUUUGCGGUUUGAUCAUGACCUUCUGUUGGAUUUGC